AUGGAGGUCGACAGAUCGCUCUUUCUCUCGGCGCUGAGGGUGAUCGACGAGUGCGCCUCGGCGCUGGAGAACUGCCAGAUUGCGCAGGAUGCGGUGCCGCUGUUCGCACCCUUCGCGGAGCGGACGCGAACGGUGCUGCGGUUCUACCUCCACCAGACCGCGCCUGUCGAGAACGCGCCCGUCCUCGACAACAUCGUCGCAAACCUGACGGCGUCCUUCGAGCGUCUUCACCAGCACAUCGCCGGCGCCGGAGACCCGCAAGCGAGCGACUUCUUGUCGGCGAACAGCGUCACGGCUCUCUUCCGCGACGUGGCGCGGGACGACAUGAUGCUGUUCGUCGAGCACCUGUGGACGAGCCGCCAGGGCCAGCUCGACGCGACGCACACGGCGUUGCGCGACAUCGCCGACCGCCAGAGCACGCUGCAAGAUCAGAUCAUGGCACAGGUCCACGCGACGGAGGCGCGGAUGGCGGAGCAGAUCGCGGCGCUCAGCGAGCAGCUGGACGCCGAGAAGGCAGCGGUUGCGACCCUCGAGGCAGCGGUCGCGGCCCUCGAGGCAACGAUCGCGAGCGACCGCAACGCUAUGCGCACCGGGAACGUUUCAGGACCGGCCGAAGUCGCCGUGCAGCAAGACGGUGCCUUGGCGCGCUGGCGCGAGCAGUGGCAGGGCUGGGUCAGCAGCGAGAUGUCGGCGCUGUGUGCGAGGCUCAUCGCGAACGACCCGAAGCUCGUCAAGAUCAGCGCGGCGCACUUGGGCUACGUCGGGUACGGCAUGGGCUACGAGGACGUGCGGGCGCUGUGCGAGGCGCUGCGGGCCAACACCACGGUCGAGGAGCUCGACCUGUCCAUCCCCGCGUCCAUGAAUGGCCCACAGAGUCCUGCUGGGCGCGCUAUCGGGACGGCGGGCGCGCAGCUGAUCGGAGAGCUGGUGCUGCCCGUGCACCCGAAGCUGCGCGUGGUGUCGCUGGAGUACAACCUCAUCGGGCAGGGCGCGAUGCCGGCGAUCGCUGCGGGCGCCGCGCAGAGCCGCUCGCUGCGGGUGCUGCGGCUGGGCGGCAACGCGCUGGGCGCGGCGGGUGUGGCGGCGCUGACGCCGGCGCUGGUGGGGCAGAGCGCGCUGGAGGAGCUGGACCUGACGGGCGACGGCAGCGUGGACGACGAGGCGGCGGGGCACAUCGCGGAGGUGCUGAAAUCGUCGGUGCUGCGGGUGCUGUGCCUGGCGUCCACGGGCGUGAGGGAGGCGGGGGCCGCAGCUCUGGCAGCCGCGCUGGAGAGCAGCUGCCUGCGGGAGCUGGUGCUGGACGGCUGCGCGAUCGGCGACGGCGGCGCGGAGCACCUGGCGACUGCGCUGGCACGCAACCCCCGGCUGGUUCGGCUCAGCCUGGGCAGCGUUGGCGUGAGCGUUACGGGCGCAGUCAUUAUCGUGGGCGCUCUGGAGACGAACGCGCGUCUUCAGCACCUGCGGCUGUUGUCGGUGAACGUGAGCGGUGAGGAGGAAGCAGCAAACAUCUGCGCACCGGUGGUGGCGUCUGCUCUGCAGUCGAAUACAGGCCUCGCGACGCUCGAGCUCACUCUCAGCCCCAUGGGGUCGAGCGCCCCCUUUCGGCCCGCUCACUACCCAGACAGCUGGUGCGCCAUCGCCAAGGCCUUGAAUGCCGACCGGUUGGUGGACAUUUGGGACGUCCCGGCGGUGAUGCAGGCGGUCACAGCGACGACGUCCUUUGCCUGCUUCGAAGCUCUCGACGAGGUCGAGCUGGCGGGUCUGCGGACACUCAAGCUUGAGAGCAGCGCCGUGCUGAAGUGGGGUCAGAUCGCGAGCCUGCUGCGGGCCUGCCCCCAGCUCAACACCCUGGGGGUGUCCUUCGCAGCAUUUCAGUUCGAUGCCGCGCAAGAUGACCUCGAUGACGUCAUUCUCGGCCACCCUCUGGAGUCGCUGACGCUACACGCGCGUCGCGACGCACUCCGCGCCCCUCAAUGGCGCUGCAUCGAGGGCAUCGUCAGCCGCACGGCACUCAAGGCUCUGGCCGUGCGAUGCUACAAUCAUAACGGUGGGCUUCUACAUGCGGUGCUACGCGCUUUGGAGUCCAACAAGUGCAUGGAAAGCUUCUCCCUCGUCCAAGAUGCGGCUGGGUACGAUCGGUGCAGUCUCAGCCUCGGACACCUGCUGCGGCAGAAUCACACCCUCGCCUCGUUCCGAAUCCAGGGGUUCCGGCUGGGGCAGGAUGACGUCUCGUCGUUUGCUCACGAUCUGUGCCUGAAUUCCACGCUCAGAACCCUCGAACUGCCCGGCUGCCAGCUCGACGCGAUCGCUUGCGCCGCAUUUGCGCGGGCUGUCCGGUCCAACCGCACGCUGUGCGAGCUGGUCCUUCGGGGCGCACCGGGCGAGUACGCCGCAGACAUCUUCGCCGCUGCGUACGACUGCGGGCGUGCGGACGACCUGACCAUCACUGUGUGA